CGGCCUUUCAGUUCCUGUUUCUACGCAAAUCAGAAAUCCUAAGCAACACCGCUCACUGCUGAAGUUUUGUGCUGUUUUAUUACUGAACAAUCCUACAUGUGAUCGAGAACAUGGGAACGAAAAGGAAAUAGAAUAAGCCAUCAUAUAGGCUACCAGAGACACACGCUUACUGCUGCUAUUAGCGGGUCUCCACCAAGCAGAAGGAGCCAGCUCCGAAAUGGCAAGCCUGAACUGGAAGCCGUUCAUCUAUGGGGGGAUGGCCUCCAUCGUCGCGGAGUUCGGCACCUUCCCCAUUGACUUAACCAAAACCCGGCUGCAGGUGCAGGGUCAGUCACACUGUAUGGAGGUGCGUUACCGGGGGAUGUUCCACGCACUGCUCCGGAUCGGACAAGAGGAGGGCGUAAAGGCGCUUUACUCGGGGAUUUCACCAGCCCUCCUACGGCAGGCGUCCUACGGGACAAUUAAGAUUGGCACCUACAACACGUUGAAAAAGUUGUUUGUCAGCCGCCCUGAAGAUGAGACCAUGGUCAUCAACGUGUUCUGUGGAGUGGUAUCAGGAGUCUUGUCGUCUUCGUUAGCCAAUCCCACAGAUGUGCUGAAGAUUCGCAUGCAAGCGCAGGGCAGCCUACUCCAGGGCAGCAUGAUGUCCAACUUCAUGAACAUCUACCAGACAGAGGGCACCCGUGGCCUGUGGAGGGGCGUGAUACCUACAGCACAGCGAGCGGCCAUUGUUGUUGGGGUGGAGCUACCUGUGUACGACAUCACCAAGAAGCACCUCAUUGGUUCAGGAGUGAUGGGUGACACUAUCCUCACACAUUUUGUCUCCAGUUUUACCUGUGGCCUGGCGGGGGCGCUGGCGUCCAACCCGGUGGACGUGGUGCGUACGCGGAUGAUGAACCAGCGAGUGUUGGCAGGCAGCCCGCUCUACAAAGGCACGCUGGACGGCCUCAUGCAGACCUGGAGGGGUGAGGGCUUCUUUGCCCUCUACAAGGGCUUCUGGCCCAACUGGCUCCGUUUAGGACCCUGGAACAUCAUUUUUUUCAUGACGUACGAGCAGCUGAAGAAGCUUCCCUUAUAGCCAGCCUGCUGAACACCCUUCGAGGGAUCGGAACCUUCUCCCUCAAGGGUUCUUGUGCAUUCACAAUCACUCCCUGAUCACGUGUGUGUGUGUAUGUGCGUUGCAAGUUAUUUAAGUAUUAUUUAAAUGUUUUUUUUUAUGCAUAGCUUCCUUUUUCAUUUGUUUUUAUUUGUUUUUAUUUAUUUAUUGUUAUACCAUUUCAUGUUGCUUAUUUGCUCUAUUCGACUCCAUCUUUCAUUUCAAAUCCCCUCCCUGGCAGCUGAACAAUAAUGUUGGUCAUUUUGGACCAAGCUGGAAUGGAUAGCAGGUGGAAAACUACUAAUGCAGUGAUGCCACAUUGGGAAUUUUAUCCUUUUUAUUAAUUGAUCAAGCAAUAGUUUUUAUUUUGCCUUCAUUUCUUUGAAUGUUUGUGACUGCUCUAUUUGGGAUAUGGAGCUGUAUGACGGUAUGUGCACUGAGGUGAGUGGCAGUGAUGCUGAUGCGUAACACACACAGCCUGUCGUGAUGUGUCAGUGGUCAGCUAGUCCUCCACGUGGUAUUCCUGCUUUGGAUAGAUACCUACGGAAGGUGUUCAGAUGCACCAGCGAGUUGUAAGAUGCUCACAAGUAUAAGAUACAGUAGGCAGCAAUUAAAUAUAAUUGUUGUUAACUAAAUGCCUCAAUAGGUAACCCAGAGGAAAUAUUAGUAUAUAAACCACCUCUUUAGAUGAAUUGGCAGUUUGUGAACAUGUGUGCAGAUGCCAUAUGCUGCCUUUGUGCCUGUUAAAAAAGGACAUUUUCAGGAGCUGUGAAUGUUUCUAGGCAAUGAUCUUUCAACAGUCUUCCAUUCAACACUUCUGCUUUACCAGAUUGGCCACCACAGUUCAAACCCAAGUACUGUCUAUUACAACCCUAAAAGUAAAAUAUUGCUCUCACUCAGCCAAUUAACCCCCGAAAGGUCAGAUUAGUAGUGGGCACUACUUGAUUUCAAUUUGUCUUGGCUGGAGAGCAGAACUUGUGUAUAAUGGACGAUACCUGUGUUUGCAUGACCGGACGCAAAACUCAAUACUCAUCCAGUUUUUGUGUUCCUGAAAAGUAGAUUUGAACUGCAUGUUUUCAUAUCACUUCCACCCAAUAAUGUAAGUGUGAUGAACCAUUUUCCCACUAAAGUCUAGAACCAUUCAAGGAACUAAAACACAUAGUUCCUGAAAGCUUAUGUUUGCUUUUUCUAAAAGAUGUUAAGACUGUGACUAUUUUGUGAAUGGGUAAACUGGGUCACUUUGAUGAACUUUAAAUAUGUAUUUAUUUCUCUGAGCCAAUAUAGUUUGUAUCUAAUGUUUUUUUUUCCCCCUCUUUUUUUCUGGAAAUGCUUCACUGUAGCUUAUGAUGUGAACAAACGUGAACAAACAUGAACGUGAAGCCCACGUUCAUGUUCACAAAAUGUUGCAACAUUUGAUCAUACUUGCAGUAUAUGAAUUUUCCUUUGAAUGGCCAUUGUAUGAAUAAGGCUCAUCUUAUAGUUUUUCCAAAAGCUUUGAUGUCUGUUUUAGCAUUAUGGCCUGUUGAAUCGCUUCUGAAUUCCAGUAAAUCCUUGCUUACUUUGUAGUACAUUUACAUGGUGGUGGUCAAGUAUAGCCCCACUGGGAAGCUUGUAUUUAACCAGUUGGCAACAUUUAGGGCUGUUACUCUACGAAGCACUUUCUGGGCCCUAGAAAAAAAAAUAUCCCUAAAAUUAUUCCGAAGUUAUUGUAAAGGUUUCUGAGUUCUGACACCAAGAGAGGUGGAGGAGAAGCGAUUUGAACAGAGAUUGCGGGCAUUCUUGUGAUCUGCUGCAGCGAAGGUUUCUGGUAUGGCUCAUGUAUUCACCCCCCUCAUUCAAAAAAAAGUGUAGUCUUCCACUAAUUUCAGAAGAGCCACCUUUGCCAGCAGGUCUGGCGUUUCUGUAGGCAAGUUUGACGUAGUUUUGGAGCCCUGAAUUUGCUCACUUUAGGUUGUUUCUGAGAGGAUCUGUGUCAUACUGUCAAGUACCACCUACAGCAGUAAGUAUGCAAGGUCCUGUCUGGGACAUGUGAGAAAUCACUAUCUUGGUACAAGGUUGUUUUGGGGAUUGUGGUUGAUCAUGACCUAAUUGUUUUGCACAAAGAUCUAGACGGACAUCAAUGGUAGCGCUCUUGCCCUGUGACUAGGACGAGGAUGGUCAAAACUACCCUAGUCUUUGACAGACUGGAGAUUUGGUUGACCAAGUUAGUUAUAACUAUGGCAUGGCAACUAUAAGGUAUUUGGGAUUUAAAGAUGAGACUCAUUGAGCUUUAUAUCAUACAUCACAUUGAUCUGCAAUGCAGUGCUUUAGCUGUUACCACCACUUGGUGAAGAUGAGGGUACGACUUUAGAGGGUUUUAUGAGUUGUGCAUGCAGAGUUUCAUUUUUAAUGGCAGGUGUGCGUUGUAAAUAGGCCAUCACAUAAGAGAAGAUGCCUUUUAGAAACAAUUCAUUUUAAGAUCCUCAGUCAUGAGAGAGGAGGAAACUUCAUGUAGCAGUUGAGUUCUGACAAAGUACAUGUACAGCGUUGCACCUCAUCAAGCCAUCACAAUAAUGGAUCAUACACACUCCAAGGGAGUUCACUGUUACAUGUCCUGCCUUCAUAUAACGUGUACAUUUACUGCUUCACAACUUGCCUCGUAAUUUGUCAUUCACCCAUUCUAUGUUUUGUCAGCAUAAAUUCUAUUGGUUGCACUGUAUUGUUAUUAUGGACUUUGGAGGAAAAAUAUAUUUCUGCUAUAAUGCCUAAUUCCUUUGUAUAUUUUCUAUUGUAUGAGAUUUGAAAAGAGCAGACACAGAAAUCAAAUGUUUCAAAUGGAAGCUUUUUUUUUUUUUUUUUUUUUUUUUUUUUUUUGUUUAACUUUGAUUCUAUAUCUUCUUCAGUUUUAAAGUGCAGCCAAGGCCAAGACACACAUGUGCCAGUGUUGUAAAUGGAGAAAUAAGUUGUCUUUAUGUUUAGCAUUUUGUGUGUAUGAUUUGUUAUUCUGACAGUCAUGACUCAUGCUUCAUUUGCUCUGAGAAAUUAUGAUUAUGAUCCUCGAUAGUAAAAUACUGUUUUCCCCCAUUAUAAUUAUUAUUUAUUAUUUAUUCCUGCUUUGUUAGAAAUUAUAUAGCCUAAGAAAUAAGGUACAUCUAUAGGAUAACAUCUUGUGAAAAGGUGUGUGCUAUUUGCUACUUUGUCAAUACGUCUGAUAAAGAGUUGCGAAAUGUU